AAAGAGAGGACAUAUUAUGAGUAAGAAAUUGAUCGAAUUAAGCCAGAGGAAUCCUGAGUGUUUGAACUGAAGAAGAGGAAUUCUGAAGCUCUCAAGCAAUACAUAUGGAUUAUCCAGCUGUGAUGGAAAGCAAGGCUGGCUCUUCAUCUGGUGAAUCAAACGGAAAAGAACUAAAAUGCGAGUCAGCCAUUGACAUACUAGAAAUCAAUGAACCUGAACCUGAACCUGAACCUGCAAAGUGGCCCGAGUGCUGCAUCUACAAAGUUCCCGACAAACUUCGUGAGGUAAACAAAGAACAAGAUGCCUACACUCCUAAGCUAGUUUCCAUUGGCCCAUUUCAUCACAACCUACCGCAAUUGACGGGCAUAAAACAGCAAAAAUUGAUAUAUUUUAAGAAAUUUUGUUUGCGGACUAAGAAGAGCUCGAAGGAUCUUGAGAGCAUCAUUGAAAAAGAAGAAAAACAAAUCCGCCGAUACUAUUCAGAGACCUUUGAUCAACUUGACAGUAAAAAGUUUGUGAAAAUAAUUCUAUUGGAUGCUAUAUUUAUCAUUGAGCUCUUCCUCAGAAAUGAAGAAGGCAAAAAAUAUGAUUAUAUAUUAAGUGAUUAUAUAUUAAGUAAUGCGUGGCUAGAAUCGCACAUAAAGCAGGACUUGAUAUUACUGGAGAAUCAGCUUCCGUUUAAGUUUCUCAAAAAGUUAUACAAGUUUGCCUUCAAUGGGGAACAAGUUAUAAUUACUCCCUUUCUUGAGCUUGCUUGUAAGUUCUUCUUCUCCGGUGAGCACCGAAUACCCAUGGACAAGAAAGUAAAACAUUUCACCGAUUUGCAAAGAACAUUUUACUGUCCUACGGAGUACUCAAAACCUGAUCAGGAAGAGCAUAUAGAUCCUCUAAGAUAUACAGCCACAAAGCUUGAUGAGGCAGGAGUGCAGUUCAAACCAUUAGAUGACAAAGUUUUGAGUAAGAAAUCCUUGCUUGACAUAGAGUUCUCUAAGCAUAAGUGCUUGGAAAGCUAUCCGUACUUCAAUCUCUCAUGGCUUUUCGCUUGCUUACCAUGCGUGAAAUCCUUUCGUUUCUUUAAGAUUGUGCAGUGUUUUUUGAAAGUCCCACCACUUGUGAUAGACGACCAUACAGAAGCUCUUUUCCGAAACCUCAUGGCCCUGGAGCAGUGUCAUUAUCCAUCUGACACAUACAUCUGCAAUUAUGUUUUGUUAUGGGAUUCGCUUAUCACCACUAAAGAAGAUGUGUGUUUGCUCGUUGAUAAAAAGGUUAUUGUCAACAGGCGCGGUAGCAGCAAAGCAGUGACUACUCUGAUCAACGCACUUGGCCAUCAAAUUGUUGAACGUGAAUCAUAUUACCACCAUCUCUAUAAACGACUUAAUAAGCACUGCGAUAACACUUGGAUCCGUCUCGUGGCAUCCCUGACAAGUGUAUAUUUUCGUGAUUUUUGGAGAGGCACUGCAACUUUUGCUGGAAUUCUUGUCCUGUGUUUUGCUUUUUGGAACUUCCUUAGGCCUUUUGUCAAGAAGCAUUGAAACAGUUGUGAUUUUGUGUUUGUUGGAGUGCUUUGCUUUAAUUUUAGUUCUACUGGAUUGCAUCUGAACUUUGUAAUUAUUUUUAGCUAGUGAUAUGUUCUGUUAUUAGCACUAUGUC